UGGUGUUUGUGCGAGCCGUGUUUACAAAGUGACCCGUUUGCCAGAAGGUCCUCGCAGCGAUGGGUCCUCCGAAAAAAUCGUCCAAAAAGGAUAAAGGCCUUUCGGGAUCGUCCGGAUCGGCCGGUGGUUUUGUGGAGAACAAGUGGAACAAGAAGCGCCGAGCGGAGGAUGAAGCGUAUGCGGCCUUCGCCGAGGAUGACGACAGUAGCAGCAGUUUCGGUGAGAGUGAGUUUGUCCCGGAUGCGGCCACGAAGAACGCAGAGAAAAACGAUGACGCUAUUCAGGAGGAUGAGUACGGUGCAAAGGACUACCGGUCACAGAUGGAACUCAAGCCGGAUAAUGCAUCCCGGCCACUCUGGGUGGCACCGAAUGGACACAUCUUUCUCGAAUCCUUCUCACCGGUGUACAAACACGCGCACGACUUCCUGAUUGCCAUCUCGGAACCGGUUUGUCGCCCGGAACACAUCCACGAGUAUAAACUGACGGCUUACAGCUUGUACGCGGCCGUUUCCGUCGGUUUGCAGACCCACGAUAUCGUGGAGUACAUGAAGCGCCUCAGCAAAACCACCAUUCCCGAGGGCAUCAUCGAGUUCAUCCGGCUGUGUACGCUGUCGUACGGCAAGGUGAAGCUGGUGCUGAAACACAACAAGUACUUUGUAGAAAGUCCCCAUCCGGAGGUGCUGCAAAAGUUGCUAAAAGAUCCGGUCAUACAAUCGUGCCGUUUACGUCGGACGGAGGAUGAAACUGGUGAUGGAUUCAUACGGCAGACGCUUGAGAAGGGCAAGGGCAUUACGGCGUUCGGACAGACGAAGCUACCACCGGGAACGUCCGUACCGGGAGCAACGGAGAUAGAUAAGCCCACCGAAGAGACGACCACAGCGGAUGGAGCGGAUGCUGUGCCGGAAGAUAUUACCAACUUUUACGACAAAAUGGACAACGAGGAGGAGGAAGAGGAGGCCAAUCUCAAUACGGUAUCGUUUGAGGUGAACCAGGAGAAGAUUGAGGUUCUGCAGAAGCGCUGCAUCGAGAUCGAGUUCCCGUUGCUGGCCGAGUACGAUUUCCGUAAUGAUACAAUCAACGCGGAUAUCAACAUUGACCUCAAACCGGCCGCUGUACUGCGCCCGUAUCAGGAGAAAAGUCUUCGUAAAAUGUUUGGUAAUGGGCGUGCUCGAUCCGGUGUGAUUGUACUGCCGUGCGGUGCCGGAAAGUCGCUUGUCGGUGUAACCGCUUGUUGUACGGUUCGGAAGCGUGCGCUCGUCCUGUGUAACAGCGGUGUGUCGGUGGAGCAGUGGAAGCAACAGUUCAAAAUGUGGUCGACCGCGGACGACAGUAUGAUCUGUCGGUUCACUUCCGAGGCCAAGGAUAAACCGAUGGGAUGUGGCAUCCUUGUGACUACCUACUCGAUGAUAACGCACACGCAGAAGCGAUCCUGGGAGGCGGAACAAACGAUGCGCUGGCUGCAGGAGCAGGAAUGGGGCAUUAUGGUGCUGGACGAAGUGCACACGAUCCCGGCCAAGAUGUUCCGACGUGUGCUGACGAUCGUACAGUCACACUGUAAGCUCGGGUUAACCGCGACACUGCUGCGUGAGGAUGAUAAGAUCGCCGAUCUGAACUUCCUGAUUGGACCGAAGCUCUACGAAGCGAACUGGUUGGAGCUGCAAAAGCGAGGCUACAUUGCCCGGGUACAGUGUGCGGAAGUUUGGUGCCCGAUGGCACCGGAGUUCUACCGAGAGUAUCUGCUCGCAAAGACCUCCAAAAAGAUGCUACUGUACGUGAUGAAUCCGGCCAAGUUCCGGGCGUGCCAGUAUCUGAUCCGUUACCACGAGAAGCGCGGCGAUAAGACGAUCGUCUUCAGCGAUAAUGUGUUUGCUCUGAAGCACUACGCGAUCAAGAUGAACAAACCGUACAUCUACGGUCCGACGUCACAGAACGAGCGGAUACAGAUCUUGCAAAACUUCAAGUUCAAUCCCAAGGUGAACACCAUCUUUGUGAGUAAGGUGGCCGAUACGAGUUUCGAUUUGCCGGAAGCGAACGUGCUGAUCCAGAUCUCGUCGCACGGUGGCUCGCGACGUCAGGAGGCGCAGCGUCUGGGACGUAUUCUGCGUGCCAAGAAAGGCGCCAUUGCUGAGGAGUACAAUGCGUUCUUCUACACACUGGUUUCACAGGACACCCUGGAGAUGGGGUACUCGCGCAAACGGCAGCGGUUCCUGGUAAACCAGGGUUACAGCUACAAGGUGAUUACGCACCUGGCCGGCAUGGAGAGCGAUACCGAUCUGUUCUACAAGACGCGCGAAGAACAGGGGCAGCUGCUGCAACAGGUGAUGUCGGCAUCUGAUAUGGACUGUGAGGAUGAGCGAAUGCCGGGCGACGGGCUGGGUGUACCACGACCCGGUGGCUCCAAGCGAACUGGCGGGCUUAGUUCGAUGGCAGGAGCAGAUGAUGCGAUCUACUACGAGCGCAGGAAGACGGGCCAUCAGCAUCCACUGUUUAAGAAGUUCCGUUGCUAGAUUAAGCUAUGCUGGGAGCAUUUGUAAUGAAUAUCUAUGGGUUUCCUUAAUAAACAGAAGCCAUUUGAAUUUGAACCGAA